CCUCGCGCUAUUUAGUCUCCUCGUUGAUCGCUACUGGAAGUAAAUAAGAGGGAAAUAAAUAAAAUAGUAGGGAGGAGUAGAUCGAGAGGAGAGGCGGUUGCUGUGUUACGAUGUACGGCGGAGGCGGAGACGCCGACGUCGCGCGGAAGGUGGGCCGGGCAAUGAUCCGCUUCCGGCCUAUAGCGCCCAAACCUGCCGCCGGGUCCCCUUUGGCCGUAGCUGCCGCAGCGGAGGCGGCCGCCGCGCCCAGGAGGCCGAAACGGAAGGGAUCCGCUAAUCCCGCCGCCGGCGCGAGUGGGAGGAAGCCGAGGAAGGCGGAGGCGAACCCGUCGCCGUCGUCGUCGACGAUCGUGACGUUGUCGCUGAUACCGGAGACGCCGGAGAGGAAAGGCGACCGGGAAGCGGCGCCGAAGCGGUCUCCUAGUUUCCCUUCUCCUCCUUCGGCCGUGGUGGUUCCGCGCGUGGUGCCGCCGGUUGGGGCGAUAGGGUCGUGGGUGACGGUGGAGUGCGUGACGGAGACGGACGGGUGGAGGGAGGGGGAGGUCGCUUGGAGGAGUGACGAGGCGGUGGCGGCCGCGCUGGCGGCAGACGAGUGCCCCGGGUUCGUGUCCGACGAGUGGGACCGGGUGACGUGGAUCAACGAGGCGUACCGGAGGAUGGUGGUGGGUACGGCUCAGCGCUGCUCCUCCUUAGAGGGAGGCGGAGCUGCGGAGAAAGAAGAGGAGGUGAGGGUGGGGCUGGUUUCGCAGGGGCUGCUGCCGGCGGCGGGGAGGUGCCGGGCGUUCACGUGCUGGGUGCGCGUGUGGUACGCGAGGCGACUGAGGAGGACGAAAGGGCCUCCAUCGCCGCCUCCGCCGUCGUCGCUGGCGGCGCCAUGCGACGUGUGGAGGCUGGACGGCGGCGUUUGCGCGUGGAGGCUGGACGUGAAGGCGGCCCUAAGUCUCAGCUAGUAGCGGCAGCGGAGGAAGAGAUGAUACGUAAAUAGGUUGGCUUUCGGGGCAUGUUUUUUAUUUCUGCAACAAUCGCACGUCGACUUGUUCAUCUUCCGCAACGUUUUCUCAAGCUUAUUUAAUCGCCGAUUUUUUUCUACUGUGUUGAUUUGUUGCUCAACGAAAACAGUCGGAUAGAAUCGAACCUCCGACAUCGACCACAUUUGAUCAUAGGUGUUUCAGUCCUUUUUUUUUACGAAAAGAAAAAGAAUAAAAUGUAUUUUAAGCGAGCUGACUCCUCGCUCUAAUCAUCAUUUUAUAUUAUCAUAUCACUCUUGUUUUUAUUGUCAGUGUUUUUCUUUAUCACACGCACUCUUUAUCUCUCUAAUUAUUUAUUUUCUCUUUCAUCCUUUUUAAUCAUUUUUUUCUCACCAUUAAUCUUUCACCACAUGUUAAAUAUUGCUGGC